GGGAAUUUGCCACCCAGGCCUCUUCUGAGCCAUGGGGUCACCUCCAGGGUGGCAGGGUCUUGGGUCUAAGGAAAGCAAGGACACUAUGUGGCCCAGGGUUGGCCGAAGUGGCCUGACUCUGUUUUGGGGACCUGUGCGGGACAUAGAUGGAGACUCGCCAGAGAAAGCGUGUGGCCCUGGGACUCCAGGCUUUGAUUUCAAGUGUGGUUUGCCAAGGGCGCCCCACUUCCGUAAUAGGUCUGUGUUCUGUGUGGAUCCCAUCACGUGAGUAAGCCUCACCCCAUUGCCGCAUGGAGGCAUGAGGCCCCGUUUGAACACAUGUCCUCCUCCUGUCUCUCCAGGUGGUGAGCCCGGAGGAAGACUUGUGUUGGUCUCAAUGUCUUUGGGCCAGUGUCCCAAAACCAGUGCCUAGCCCCUGGUGUGCUGAAGCUUGGGACCUUCCUGGUGACCUGGUCUCCUGCACUGACCUGUGGUGACUACAACCAGGUCCCACCGGAUGCCUGUGCAGGAAGGAGGGUGUCCUGGGUUGGGUCGGUGAUGAGAACCUUAUAUUGUCCUGAAGAGGGGUGAUGACUUAAAAAUGAUGCUCAAUAAGAUUACCCUGAAGCCCAGCGUAGGUGAGAAUUUUUGAAGAAGACGCUGGAAUCCCGAAGUCCCCAUCAGGGCCCCUGUAUUUUGGGCUGGAGACCUAGAGGGCCAAAGGGCAUCUGGUGGGCACAACCCUGUCUCUGCACGCCUCCGUGAGGCAGCCCAGGCUCCCUGUUUGGGCUUGCUGUUGGUGGUCCAGUUUCCUGGGGUGGGGCAUGAGGGCAGCUCCUCCCUGAGCCCCCCUUCUCCAUUUGUGUCUUUCAGUGAGCUCUUCCAGGCAGGGCACCCUGGCAUUGAGCGGCAUAGGUCAGUGGAUCCUGCUGGUGCUAUGGGCCAUAGGUCAGGCCGCGUGGAGUCGCUGAGGGUCAGCCUUCAGGACAGGAGGGUUUCCUUAGGGAACAGACUUGAAUGCCCACCAGGGAUGGAAGGGUUGAUCCUCUAGGAAAGCGGCUUCCUGAGGAAUCGAACCCAAGGAGUACACCUUCCCUGGAGUCCUGUGGGGAUGACAGUCAUCCAGGCAGGAGAGGGUUCCUUCAAUCUCACACAGAUCAGCUCCCAGCUGAGUCUUCGUGUGCUGCUGUGACCUCGAGGACUGUCUAGGCCGCAUGAGGGGGUCCACAGGGCCUCUGGGAUGCCAUGGGGUCACACAAGAGCUCUCCAUCUGUGGAGAAAGGUGAGCUAGGGCCCAUGGAGUUGAGCUGCAGAUAUUCAAGGAUCGCACAUGACUUAUUGCCCUGAAUGGCAUGGACCAAUUGAGCAAUAUGCCAACCCGUGGCACCUCUUUGAGCCUGGAGGGGGCGGUGCUAUUUCCCUAGGUUUGGGUCAAGGCUGAGCUCAGGCUGGCACCUGGUGUUGCUGCAGUCUGACCAUGGACUCGUUAGCUUUAGGCCAAGGGGUCAGUCCACGUAUUGCUGAGGUUCUCUCCUUGGCUGAAAUUCACCCCAUUCCUGUGGGCAAGUGUCUGGAAGGGUGGCCUCCUGAGGUGGAAGGCCUGCUCUCAAGGGUCUUGUCCCUGGAAUAUGCCGCCCAUGCUGCUUCUGAGCCAUGGGGUCACCUCCAGGAUGGUGAGUCUUGUGCCCAAGGAAAGGAGAAGUCACCAUGUGUCCCCCGAAUAGCCAAGUGUGGCCCUGCUCUGUGUUAGGAGGUGUGUGGGGCAUGAAUGGGGACCCACCAGAGAAAGCAUGUGGCCCUGGGACCCCAGGCAUGUAAGGACUCUAGUACGUGCUGUGAUAGGGCACGUGGGUGGGUUCCCACAGUGCACAGGGGCAGGAUAUGUGACUGCCAGCUUUGCAGUGGCAUCUGGCAUCUGGGCUAGCCUCCUUGGUUGGCGAUGAACUGUUUGGUGGCCCUGGCCAGUGCCCAGUAGACCUGGCAUGAUGCUGGGGUCAUGCAGUGGAGCCGGCAUGGGCAGUGGAGGUGCUCAUAGGGUCUGCAGUAGGGCACAGCUGGGGCUUCUUGCCCGACCCCAGUGACCCGCCUGCCCUGUCCUUUCAAGGAUUGGUGGCUGAGAGAGCACAGGGUGCCCUGUGUCUGCAAUGGGCCAGUGUUCCUCAUGGAACCCAUCACGUAGGUCCAUGUAGGGCAAGCAUCCCUGAGCCACCACACGCCACCUUCUGCCUCCAUGGAGGGAUGAGGUUGUGUUUGGACACCUGUCCUACUCCUGUUUCCCCAGAUGUUGAACCUUGAGGAAGACUUGUAUUGGACCCAAUGGCCCUGGGCCAGCGUCUGUCAGUCAAGUGCCCAGCCCCAGUGCACUGAAGAUGGGGCCCUUCCUGAUGCCCUCGUCUCCUGCAUUGAGCUAUGUGAGCUCUUCAGCCCAGGUGGGCCCGCUGACAUUGACGCACAUAGAUGUUGAACCUUGAGGAAGACUUGUAUUGAACCCAAUGGCCCUGGGCCAGCGUCUGUCAGUCAAGUGCCCAGCCCCAGUGCACUGAAGAUGGGGCCCUUCCUGAUGCCCUCGUCUCCUGCAUUGAGCUAUGAUGUUGAACCUUGAGGAAGACUUGCAUUGGAUCCAAUGGCCCUGGGCCAACGUCUGUCAGUCAAGUGCCCAGCCCCAGUGCACUGAAGAUGGGGCCCUUCCUGAUGCCCUCGUCUCCUGCAUUGAGCUAUGUGAGCUCUUGUGCCCAGCAGACCCCCUUGCAUUGACCGGCAUAGAUGGUGACCCUGGAGGAAGAAUUGCCUUGGGCCUGCUGGCCCUGACACAGUGUCCCUCAGCCGGGUGCUCAGCCCCUGAAAAGCUGAAGCUCUGGCCCUUCCUGGUGCCCUGGUCUCCUGCACGGAGCUGUGUGAGCUCUUCAGCCCAGGUGGGCCAGCUGACAUUGACGCGCAUAGAUGGUGAGCCUGAAGGAAGACUUAUGUCAGGACGAAUGGACCCUGGCAAGCGUCCAUCAGCCAGGUGCUCAGCCCCCGGUUCGCUGAAGCUCAGGCCCUUCCUGGUGCCCUGGUCUCCUGCACUGACCUGUGUGAAUUCUUCUGCCAAGGGGUGGCCUCCUGGCAUUGACCAACAUAGUGAGCUCUUCUGCCCAGGUGGGCUCCCUGGCAUUGACGGGCAUAGAUCUUCCACCCAGGAGGUCCCCCUGGCAUUGACUGGCAUAGUGAGCUCUUCUGCCAAGGGGGUCCUCCUCACAUUGACCAAUAUAGUGAGCUUUUCCACCCAGGUGGGCCCCCUGGCAUUGACCGACAUAGUGAGCUCUUCCACCCAGGAGGACCCCUUGGCAUUGACUGGCAUAGAUGGUGGGACCGGAGGAAGGCUUGCAUUGGACCUGCUGUUCCUGGGCCAGUGGCCAUUAGCCCGGUGCCCAGUCCCUGAUGCUCUGAAGCUCAGGUCCUUCAUGGCGCACUGGUCUCCUGCACUGAGCUGUGGUGAGCACAUCUGGGUCCUGCUGGAGUCAUGUGUGAGCGAGCUCUUCUGUCCAGGUGGGGCCAUGGCCUUAAGCGGCAUAGUGAGCUUUUCCUCCCAGGCGGGCCCCCUGGCAUUGACUGGCAUAGUGAGCUCUUCUGCCCAGGUGGGACCCAUGGCCUUAAGCGGCAUAGAUGGUAAACCUGGAGGAAGAGUUGUGUUGGGCCCCCACAGGCCCCAGGCCAGUGUCCUUCAGCCUGGUGCUCAUCCCCCCGGUGUGCUGAAGCUCAGACCCUCCCUGGCACCCUGGUCUCCUGCUGAGCUGUGUGAGCUUUUCCUCCCAGGCGGGCCCCCUGGCAUUGACUGGCAUAGUGAGCUCUUCCACCCAGCGGGCCCCUUGGCAUUGACUGGCAUAGUGUUACGAGAGAUGCAUCAUCCCAUUAAUGAAAGCAGAGUGACUGCCUUCAUCACACAUACAUUCAAGAUAGACCGCUGGGCUAGUGAUGACUCACUCUUAAGGCUAUUAUGUUUACUCAUUUAAAAAAUCUGAAUCUCAGUAUGGAUUUUAUUCUCAGAGAGUGACUGACCUAUCUGAUAUGAUGCUAUGACAGAAUCUUUACUUUUUACCUGAAUUUGAUGGGAUUGAAAGUUGAGAACAUUUUAUUUUCUGUUUCACUUGAUUAAUAAUGCCCAAUCUAACAUGUAAUGUUCACUUGGGUACAUACAUACAACUACACCAAUUUUUUUCUUAUUUUACCUUAAAAAUUUUAAGAUAUUAUAAUGGUAUGGCCAGUUUACUCACUGGUAAACUUUUCGUAACAGAAGGAUCAUGCCAGUGGAUACAAAUACGUAACAUCAGUAAUUUGCUUUGCCUGUGAAACAGAGAACUGAAUAAAUUGAUGGGCAAACUAGUAUCUGAAUAUAAACCCCAAAUAUCAUGUGACUUCAUCAUUUUCAGUAUAAUGAAAAUACAGGCUGUGAAUGCUUCCAGUUGGUCCUGAAAGGGCCUUUGAGAUGAGUAGGUUCACCAAAGCGGCAACAUGUGUCCCAGUUCCCAGUGUACAUUCUACUCCUCAUUGAUGAUAUGGAAGAAGAGCACUCUUUGGCCUGUUGCGACUGGGACAGUUGACAGCACCCAGGUGUCCUGUAAUGAAAAUGCUCUUGACACCAAUGCAUCCUAGCAUCAGAGCUUCGGGAAGCCUUCUCAAGUGUGCAUGGGGAGUACCAUGUCUUUCAUCAAUAAUGAAACCUUCUAAUGUCUUGUAAGACAUGCUGCCAAGAGAUGUGCCAUUCUAUUAUAAAAGAUCAGUAGCUUCCUUUACUGACAUGUAUAUUCUACAUAGAACAUUGAGCUAUGGAAGACUCCCACCUGAGGGAAUUAGUUUUACACUUUCAGAUAAAGACUGCUCAGAAGAGCAUCCUCUGGUGUUGCCACAGAGGCAAGUGCUACCACACAGGCAUGCUGCAGUGAAUUUAACUCAUCCUGUGUCCCUGCAACCGUUGUUUAAGGAUGCUAUUCUGAAAAGACUGUGGAGGAAGAAAACCCUUUACUCUGUUGUUCAGGGAGAAACUGACACCACUCAACUGCCUGACACUGAAAAUGUGGCAUCCGGUCCACUUUACCACCAGUGUUUAAGGAAACCAUCUCUGAUAAGGAUGAUUGAGGAAGACUACUCUUUGGCUUGUUGACACCAGCACAGCUGACACACCCAGAUAUCUGUUUGGUCUCCUGUGAACUUUCAACCAGGAUUUAAGGAUGCCAUUCUGGUUAAAAGCUCAAACAACUUCAAGGAAACUUCAGGGAAAAGAGAAGGCCUGGAGUCUGAUCCUCCACUUCAGAGAAUAGGGUGCCAUGCAAGAAGUGCCUGUCACCUUCGCCAUGAUUCUGAAGCCUUCCCAGCCAUGUGGAACUGUAAGUCCAAUUAAACCUCUUUUUUUCCCCCAGUCUCAGGUAUGUCUUUAUCAGCAGUGUGAAAAUGGACUAAUACAAUAUACUAUAUAGUUUAUGGCUGUUUUUCAUACUACAAUGGCAGAGUUGAGUAUUCUAGGCCUGCAAAACCUAAAACAAAUACCACCUGCCUUUUAAAGAAAAUGUUUGCCAACCCUUAAUUUAGGAUGUUAUUUAUCUCUGCCCUCCAGCGACCCUGCCAUCUAAUCAUUUCGUCUCUUAACUCUCUCUUUCCCCUCAGCAAAUAAGUAAAAUAAAAGGUGUACCUUUCCCCAAGUAUUAUUAAAGAAAAGAGGAGAAGAGGGAGAGAGGGAAAGAGGGAAAAAGAAAGUAAGGAAAAGGAGAGGAUGCAAAAGAAAAAGAAGGAAAGAAAGGAAUUUCCCUGAUGAGGUCCCUUUAGCAACACCUUAUCAGCUGCUCAUAAUCAAAAUUCCUGGAAGAGGAACUGUAGCUUCACUUGCCAUAAUUUCUUCACAUUACAUUGACUUUUCUUUUUACUCAAAAAAGUAUGUUAUAAUGUGUUGAUUUUUAAAAUAAAACAAACUUUUCUUAGUCAGCAAUGAAGGUCAAGCGAGACCUUCUAGUAAAAGUCUUGUAAAGUUAGACACAUGAAAAUACUUAUCCAUUUCAAACAGACAAUACUUUCCAAUUUUUAUUUCUAUGACUGAAUUAGUGGGACAGUGCUACAAACAGAAGUCCUAUGGAAUAAGUCAUAUUUGGAAGGUCAGUUUACCCUAGACAACUUGACAGCAAUCAGUUUAAAAAUGGUUUCACCUAGAGAGCUGUGUACUGAUGUUAGCAAUUAACUUUGAAAGGCAUAAAAAUUAAGAUGGACUGAUGAUACAAGGAUGGUUAUAAGAUAAAGCAAUAUAAAUAUUAAUGGCAGAAUCUAGGUGACAGGCAUAUGCGUGUCAGCUAUAAAAUCUGUGUUCAACAUUUUUUAGUUCCCACAUAUCAGUGAGAACAUGUGAUAUUUGUCUUUCUGUGUCUGGCUUAGUUCACUAAAAAAAUGAAUUUACAGGACAAUUGGAAUAUAAGCAAUGAAGACAAGCACUAAGAAGAUGAGGCCAUAGACACAGCUGCCAGAAAGUGAAGAGGUGACAGUGAACACUGAACAAAUAAGAUUAGAAUUACAAUUAGAAUCAGAAAUGACAAAAGAGAAAUAUGAACUGUGAGAUGCAAUAUAAAAACUGAUGGUGAGUAAAGCAAAGAAUAAAAAAUAAAAAGGGAAAGAUUAAAAGGAAAACGUGACUAUAAGUAGAGUGACCUUUAUAUUUACAGAAGGUACAGCAGAAUGAACAUGUGAGAAGUCUAAAAAACAGAUAUAAAAUAGAAACAACUCAAGGCUUAUAUAAUUAGUCUAUAAAGCUAAGAAACACUGCUUAGUAAUUUCUCGUAAGUGGAGCCUCUUUAUUCUUUCUGGGAUGUUGCAAAACUCCAUUCCAUCUCAAAGUUAUUUUUAAUGUAAAAAUUUGUAAGAGUGAGCAAUGGUAUCCUAAAUAGUUCUAGGCCUUGUAGAAAUAGAUUGUAAGAGACAUCUGUGACAUAGCUAUAUUCAGUACGAUGUAGGGUCUGUUACAAUGGGAUGAAAUGAAUUUAGAUUAUUUCAAGACUAAACCUACAAUUGUGAACUCUUUAGUACCAUGAACCAAACAAAAACCUAUUAAAUAUAGAACAAGACGAUUUUCAUGAACAAAUCAGUAUUUUCAAGUGUUUGAAAUAUAGGUUAACCUUUAAGAACUGUUUUAUUCAUUUUUAUAGUCUCAAUGUCCAGAAUGCUUGAUAUAUGAUAAAAAAAGUAAAAUUAUACAACUAAAUAUUUAUAUAAUUCAUCUGUAAAAUGAAAAUCUGUUUUAACGUGUCAUAUUUCACAGUUAGGAAUAAAAACCUCAAAUCAACAAAUUAACUUUACAUCUUAUAGAAUUAGGAAAUGAAGAACAAAUUAGACUCAAACUUACCAAAAAAAAAAAAAAAAAAAAAGGAAAUAAAAAAU